AUGCAGCUUCAUCACAAUCAACAAAGACACAAGUUUCUUUCGCAAGGGGGACUGCAAAAAUAUUUUAUUGUUGAUUUGGCAGAUGUCAAAAAUCCCGAAAACGCCAGGGUAGGAGAUUGGGUCCAGGCACAGCUGGCCGAGUACAAAUUGACACAACAAGAAGUCGAAGAAAAGCUACAAACACUAGAAGAGGCUGCAAAAACCGACAAGACAGGCUGGUUCAAGCGGACAGGCUGGUUGGACUUCUUCAAUGGCCGGAAUCUUGUUCAUCUGGCUCAUCAAACCCGCACACCCGAUCAUGGCGAAGACAAGAUCGAACUCGCUGCCGAGCUGAUAGAGCGACUGGUUGAGAGAAGCGUGAAAGAGCUGGCUACACUUCCACAAGAGACAAGGCGCUGGCUGCAGAGUGCAAAACAGAGCGAGAUCGACUCCCGGCCGAUAGGGCGACUGCAGAACCCGGAGAAGCAGCAGGUUACUUGGUUCAGACAGCAGCAAGCCGCAGUCGCCGGAUCAGAGAGUCAGGAGGCGACGAGCGGCGAGGAGGACAGCGAAGACGACGAAGAGGGUAGUGAAGCUGACAGCGACGCCCCGCAGCCCCGACGCAGGUCUCGCAGGCAUUCGCCGCUGGAUCAGAUGGAAGCCGUGCGUGAGCUAUUUGCGUGGACAGAAGAUCAGAAGUCGUGUGCAAUAUGA